AUGCCAGCCAGAUCGAUCACGAUGGAUGUGAUCAAUCGCGAUUCGGUAAUCCGAGCGAAGCAGAUCUACGCCGCCGGAGGUGUCGGCGCCCAGAAGCAGCAAGGCCUUCGUCAGUCGAUCAGUGUCGAGUCGAUCAAUGAUCUGAUGGACGAGAAGAAGAAGAAAUUUCAAUUUGUGCGCAAAGUGGCCACGUCAUUUCGCUUCAAAAAACCCGCCGAGAAAGAGCCGGCCGAGGUGAAGCUGAUUUCGCCUCCACCUGUGACACAUAUAGCUUCGAGAUCGCUUCCUCAAAGUCCGCAGAUUGAGCGAAAACCCAGGAGGACUGCUUAUCUUGGUAAGAGGCACUCUUUCAGUCUCAGCAAAUUCAAUCGCAUGUUUUGA